AUGCCUGAAGCCAACUCUUCAAACCAGCUUCCAACCCAUUUCCUCCUACUUGGUAUCCCGGGUCUGGAGCCAUCUUACCUCUACAUUGCCUUCAUCUUCACCAUUGUCUAUGUGACCUCUGUUAUUGGUAACAUUGCUCUUCUCUUCAUCAUCAAGAUAGACCGGAGUCUCCAUGAACCCAUGUACUUCUUUCUCUGUAUGUUGUCUGCUAUUGACCUCAUCCUGUCCAACUCUACCACACCCAAGAUGUUGGGGAUCCUUUGGUCCAACAACCAUGAGAUUUACUCUGAGGCCUGCCUCACACAAAUGUUCUUCCUCCAUUCCUUUGCCAUAAUGGAGUCCGCGCUGCUCCUGGCCAUGUCCUUCGAUCGAUAUAUUGCCAUUUGCCAGCCGCUAAGAUAUUAUUCAAUAUUAACAAAAUUGCUCAUCACCAACAUCGGACUGUUGGCCAUCAGUAGAGCUGUAGCAUUAAUGACUCCAUUACCGUUCCUUAUAAAAAGACUGCCCUUCUGCUCCUCCAAUGUCAUCCACCAUUCCUACUGCGAGCACAUGGCCGUGGUGAAGCUGGCGUGCGUUGAUACAACCUUCAACAACAUCUAUGGCCUUGUGGUGGCUCUUGUUAUUGUGGGGCUGGACUUGAUCUUCCUCAUCUGUUCCUAUGUCCUGAUUCUUCAGGCUGUGUUCCGGCUGGCCUCAUCAGAAGCCCGGUAUAAGGCCCUCAGUACGUGUGCUGCUCACAUUUGCGCUAUCCUUUCAUUCUACGUUCCUGUUGUCCUCUCCUCGCUGGUCCACCGCUUUGGGAAAAAUGUCCCAAUCCACAUUCACAUCUUGUUGGCCAACAUCUACCUGAUGCUGCCACCUCUGAUCAACCCCAUCGUAUAUGGCGUGAGGACCAAACAAAUUCGGAACAGGAUUAAGUCGGCCUUCAGCGUGAAUUUCAUGUGUUCCAUAAGCGUCCGUAAAUCAAAUCAAACCUCUUCUCUGCUGGGCUCUGGAGGUCUAAACCCCAUGAUGUCAUCACAUCUGAUGCAGGUCCACCGUGGAGUGCUGACUGCCACGGGACUGAGGAUCAG